AUGCGUGCUCAACGAGAAUUCAGAUUAGUCAAAUCUAUUCGGCGAAAAGCACGGAAAGCAAAACUUAUAAUACGUGUAUGUGAUAAAGGAGGUGGUCUACAUAUUGGUAGUAAAAGUGAUUAUGAAAGAAAAGCAGCUAAAUAUCGAGAAGAUACAAAAGCCUAUCAAGAAUUAUCUUACAAUCCAUUGAAGGAUAUGAUAACAAAUGUGACAAAUGCACUUAAUGUUAUGAAACAAAAUAAAGGACUGACAAACUAUAAUUACAGUCGUUUGGUACCCAAUCCAGAACACGUCAAAUUAUCUUACAAGUAUUACAAUCCGAAGCCACACAAGAAAGGAACACCAUUACGACCAAUCAUGAAUACAAUUAAAGCAGUAACAAGACCUAUUUCUGAUUUCUUAGAUGAACUGAUCCGACCUAUCUAUGACGAAUAUAAUAAAGACAAUACGUUUACCGAUGGUGUUGAUCUCCUCAAGUGUCUUGAAAACUAUGCAGCUAAUGAUGAAGCCAUACGAAUUCUAGGUGAUUUUCUUCGUCAACAUGUCGGUGAAAGAGUCAAAGGUGUCUCUAUUGCGACUAUUCAAAAAUUAGCCGAACUUGUCUUGAAAGAAAACGCUUUUAUAUAUGAUAAUAAAUUUUAUAAGCAAAUUAUUGGUGGUGCUAUGGGUUCACCAUUUACUUUAACUUUAGCUAAUAUUUUUAUGUGGCAUUGGGAAAAACGUUGGGUUCGACGACAACAAAGCAAAAAAGAAAUUUAUGGCCGCAAUAACAAUGGAGUUCUUUAUACUUCUGUUUACCAUAAGCCAUCAGCCGAACCAUGUGUAGUUCCAUUCAUCUCUGAUCAUCCUCGAUAUACGUUUUCAAACAUUAUACAAACGGCUCUUGUUCGAGCUAUUCGAUAUUCAUCGACAUUUGCAGCAUUUAAUAUAGAACGACGUGCUAUACGACUCAUGUUAUUAUUUAAUGGAUAUCCAUCUACUUAUAUUGACCAACAAUUUCGAAAAGUCUUCGGCAAUUCUAUUUCAUCUACUUCGAUCCUACCAUUAAUCGAUAAUGAAGGACAAUUUUCCGAAUUACGCAACAAACUCAUGGGUCAACCAACAUCUCGACAAUCACAAGUAGAAGCACGAAUAACACAAUCCAAAGAUGACAAUGGACAAUAUCCUGCGGAACAACCACUAUCCGCCACCAUACCAAGACUCCCUACUACCACAACAGAGCAAGGCACAAAAACCAAAUUUCAAGAUAAAGCCAUUAUACACUAUACGCAUGAGAAACGAUUCACAACGACGAAAAAAGAUAUGCAUGAAAUUUUUCGUAAAGCUUUUAAAUGCCUUGCAAUUGAAGCUCUUCGACUCAUUGUUGGUCAUCGAAGUAGUCCUUCUACGCAACGUGAACUCAUAAGAAAGAGACCACAACCAAAACAUCUCACGUUCAAAGGACAACAAAAUAAGACCGAUCAUACCGUGUGCCAAACACUUCUCAAUAAUGACUCUUUUCCCCUCCACAUACAAUUUCCAUUAUCCAAUUUCUUUCUAGAAUCAGAAGAAAAUGCAACAAACAAAUCACGACCAACUUCAUAA